GUUAAUGGAUCCAUGUUCGGCUUUGAUAUAGGAAAUCCAUUCACCAAAAAGAAACGUGAAGCUGCUGAAUUAGCAAGAGUUCAAGCGAUGCAAGAACAACAAAGAGCCAGUAGAGAACAUUUGAGAAGUGGUAAUUACGAUUCACAAAAAAGGAUUAACGAAGCUAUAAAACAAAGUGAUAAACAUAGUUAUGGAAGUAAGCCUCCUUCUUCAUCGGGAUCAAAUAGAAGUAGAUUCCAAUUCGAGGCUGAUGAAGAAGAUGAUCAAUUAGAAAAUCAAAUUGACAAUAAUUUGGAUAUGCUUUCGCAUGGGCUGUCUCGAUUGAAUAACAUGGCUAGAGCGGCUGGAGAUGAAGUGAAAAGGCAAAAUAAUGCUUUAGAUCGUAUUAACGAUAAAACAGUUGGAUUGGAUAAUCGUAUUGCCUCAACGACUCAUUCACUAAAGAAGAUUUAA